AAUGGACUCUGGGGUAGAUGGAAAAUAUCCUCCUUCAUCCUCGAUAAAGUAGAAAGUAGUUUCUUUUCCGUUUUCGAUAUCUACAAAAGGAACGCUCAAAACACUAUCACUUUUUCAGUUUAUUUUAUACUACUCUUGUUUCCCCUUGUUUCUUUUAUUUCCCUUUCCCCCCUUUUUUUUAAAUUUCAGUUUAUAUCGUUUUUUAUUUAUUAUUUAUUUUUUUUACAAGAAUGGUCAUACUUAUAUAUAUAUAUAUUUUUUUUUUGUUUGAAUUAGAGGGUCAUGACACGAUAAAUCAUCAUAGCAAUCACGGUAUAUCGGACAGCAAUAGUAGCAUGGAUGAGAAUUAUACGAGACCUAGGAAACGAAAACAACGGAUACAUGUUUUCUCAUCCGAUGAUAAUAAUCAAGAUGAUCAGGACAGUUUAUCACCACUUUCAGACAAUGAUGGAUUAUCAGAUGCCAUUGAUGAUAUUCUUAACAAUAGCAGUCAUGAUGAAAGUGAUAUUAAUAUUUCCAACAAUGAUGAUGAACAGGAAGCAUUUAUUGAAAUAAAUGAUGACACCCCAUUGACAGAAACGCCCAAUGUUGAUACUGAUUAUCUUGAUCCAGAUCUCUAUUGUUUACGACGAUCUAAUCGCAACAAACGUCAAAAAACUAAGUAUACCAUAACCACUAGUCAAGAGGAGGAUGAAGUAGAUUCAUAUAUAUCGGAAACACCAGAAGAAUUCUCGGAUGAUGUAGAUAAUAGUAACAACGAUAUCGAUGAUGAUGACGAUGAUGAUGAAGAUUAUGGUGUUUCUCCAUCAACAAAAAAACAAAAGAAUAAAACUACAUCUAGACGAUCAACUAAUACCAGACAACAAAAACAAUCUAUAUGGUCAAAAUCAUCAUCAAAACAAUAUGGAAUGAAAUCAGAAUCAAGCAUUAGUGAUGAUGAUGGUGAUGUUGAUGAUGACGAUGAUGAUGAUGGUGUUUGGGGAAAACCAAGAUCAACACGAAGACGCCCUAUGAAAAAAUUAAAAAGAUUAGCUCAAGGUAAUUCAUUAUCACCAAGCGAUUCUUUACGAUACUCUACUAGAAAACGUAAUGUAGCGAACUACAAUGAAAACAGUUCUGAUUUAUGGGGAUUAUCUGAUGACCAAGAUGAUCACAACAACAAUGUAUAUACGAACGGUGGAGGUGGAUUUACGUCUUAUACUCAGAUUGAAGAGGAUGAAGGUGAUGUGAUUGAAAGUGUCCAUGAUCAUAGAAGGCGUGAAGGCCACGAAAGCGAUAAAGAGGAUGACAAACCAGAAAUGAACAUGGAAUUCCGCAUCAAAUGGAAAAAUUGGUCACAUAUACAUGAUACAUGGGAUACACCAAGUUACUUACGAUCAUUUAAAGGUUAUCGCAAAGUGGAAAACUACAUCAAAACAUUUGUAGAAGAAGAGUUAUAUUUCCGACAUCAUCCAGAAACCACAAAAGAAGAAAUUGAACAACAAGACAUCAAUACUGAAAGACGACGAGAGGAAAUCAAGGAUUGGUGUACUGUUGAACGUAUCAUAGGGAAACGGGGUGUUUCGUCCAAUACAGAAUAUCUGGUGAAAUGGAAACGAUUACAUUAUGAUGAAUGUACUUAUGAAUCGGCCGAUCAACUUUCUAAACAUGGUGAUGGUAAUCAACUUCAAAUCGAUACAUUUCUAGAUCGACAACAAAGUAGACGGAUACCUCAUCUUUCCGAACAUUACAGCACAACUCAUCAACACAAAAGACGUCCUACAUUUUCCGUGCUACGUGAACAACCUUCUUAUAUCCAAGGCGGUCAAUUACGUGAUUAUCAGCUUCAUGGUAUCAGUUGGAUGUAUUGGUUAUGGUGUACAAACAAGAAUGGUAUGUUAGCGGAUGAAAUGGGUCUUGGUAAAACUGUACAAACCAUUGGCUUCUUGAGUACAUUGUUUCAUAAACAUGCUCAAUAUGGUCCUUUUUUAAUUGUGGUACCACUGUCAACAUCAGAAAACUGGAUGAUGGAAUUCAAACAAUGGGCACCGGAUAUGAAUGUUUUAUGUUAUGUUGGUAAUCGUGCUUCUCGUCAAAUGAUUCGUGAUCAAGAAUUCUAUUUACCAUCAUCACCAUCAUCAUCAUCAAAACGUCUCAAAUUCAAUGUCUUAGUAACUACUUAUGAAAUUGUACUCAAGGAUCGUGAUGCUUUAGGUGGUAUUCAUUGGCAAUACUUGGCUGUGGAUGAAGCACAUCGAUUGAAAAAUUCAGAAUCUCAGUUGUAUGAAGCAUUACAAGGUUUUCGUACUGCCAAUCGACUAUUGAUUACAGGUACACCACUUCAAAAUAGUGUCAAGGAAUUAUUGGCUUUGGUACGCUUCUUGAUGCCUGCUAUGGAUCUUAGCGAAUUGAAUGUGGAUCUUGAUAAGGUGGAUGGUGAUGGCGAACAAGAAAAAAAAAUCAAGGCUUUGCAUGAAAGUAUCAAGAAUAUCAUGUUACGAAGACUCAAAAAGGAUGUGGAGAAAUCACUUCCCAACAAGACAGAACGAAUUUUACGCGUGGAAAUGAGUGAUCUACAAAAAAUGUUUUAUAAAAACAUCCUAGCCAAGAAUUUUGCUGUGCUUAGUAAAGGUUCAGAUAAAAAUAAGAAACAAUGGUUGAAUAUUGCCAUCGAAUUGAAGAAAGCAAGCAAUCAUCCUUUCUUAUUCCCUGAUGCUGAAACACAAACAUCUAGUCGUAUCGAACAACUCAAAGGAUUGGUGGAAAACAGUGGCAAGAUGAUUCUUUUGGACAAAUUACUGGCUCGACUCAAGGCUGAUGGUCAUCGUGUAUUGAUCUUUUCUCAAUUAGUGAUGAUGUUGGAUAUCUUGUCAGAUUAUUUGACACUCCGUGGCCAUCCUUUCCAACGUUUGGAUGGUAGCAUGAAACCUGAAGAUCGGAAUAAGGCUAUCGAACAUUUCAAUGCUCCUGAAAGUCCUGAUUUUGUCUUUUUAUUAUCCACGCGCGCUGGCGGCAUGGGUAUUAACUUGGUGACGGCCGAUACAGUGAUUAUCUUUGAUUCAGAUUGGAAUCCUCAAAACGAUUUACAAGCCAUGUCUCGAGCACAUCGGAUUGGUCAGACAAAAUCAGUCAAUGUCUAUCGAUUUGUCACUAAAGGCACCAUGGAAGAAGAUAUUAUCGAACGCGCUAAACGUAAAAUGGUGCUUGAAUAUUGUAUUAUAAAACAAAUGGAUACCUCUGGUUUAACCCUUUUACCUGAAAAUGCCACCACACUUACUACUUCCACUGGCAAAAUACGUGAAUUACCGUUCAACAAGGAUGAAAUGUCAGCCAUCUUGAAAUUUGGUGCACAAAAUAUGUUCCAGACCAAUGAACAAACACAACCUUUGAAUGAUCUGGAUCUAGAUGAUAUCCUUGCUCGUGCUGAGCACACUGAAACCAUGGAAGGUAUUGAUGAAAGUGCUCUUGGAAGUGCAGAUUUCCUUGCUCAAUUCAAGAUUUCAGAUUACGGUGGCAGCGCCAAUGAUUUAUCGUGGGAUGAAAUCAUUCCUGAAAAUGAAAGACAACAAGUGGCUGAACAACAACAAUUGGAGGAUGAAUUGGCCUUAUACGAACGUGCUGCAAGAAAACGUGGUCGAACAUAUCAGGAACAUGGAGAUGAUGAUGAUGACAACAACGACGACAACGGUAAUGAUGAUGAUGAUGAUGGCGAGGAUGAUGGGAUUAGAAAUCUUCCUGACGGUACAAAACAGAAAAAAAGACGUCGACGUACUAAUAAAAACAGUAACGGGAACAGUCAUCGUAAUAGUCCAGCCAUUUCAGCCGAUUCAGACCAGCGAAAUGAAUUAUCAGAAAAGGAUUUACGUGCCCUUCAUCGAGGUGUAUUACGUUAUGCAGAUUUGGAAGCUCGAUAUGAUGAAGCUGUCAAGGAUACCGAUUUAGAACACAAGGAAAAAGCAACAGUGAUGGGAUUUUAUACUGAUCUUGUAAAUGCAUGUAAAUCCAAAGUCAAAGAACAAAUCCAACAACAAACAAAAAAGUCUGGUGAUGAUGAUUUCGAAAGUGAUACAGAUGAUCGAUUGGUGCGUGAAAUUAGAUUGACAAAACAAAAAGCUAUUCUUUUUACUUGGAAUAAUAUCGCCAACAUCAAUGCUGGACAAUUAUUACAAAGACAUCACGAUAUGAAGAUUUUAGCUCGACGUUUAAAUGUGAUGCCAGAUAUGCUCAGAUUUCGUUUAUCUUUGGAUGCUAAACGUGUACAAGGUUGGUCAUGCUCAUGGGGUCAAAAGGAAGAUGCGAUGUUAUUGGUGGGUAUUCAUCGAUAUGGUUUUGGUAUGUGGUCGGCCAUCCAAGCCGAUGAAUCCUUAGGUUUGACUGGCAAGUUCUUUUUAGGCUCAUCCAAUCCUAGUACCAGCAGGGACAACAAUGACAUGGAUAAUGAAAAUGAUAAACGUACACCAAAAGCUGUUCAUCUGGUUAGACGUGCUGAACAAUUACUCAAAAUCUGUGCAGAAGAAGAAUCUAUAGCCCUGCCACCAAAGAAAACUGCCCGCUUCCUGUCACCAUUCAGUUCUGCUUCAGUAGAUAAAAAGAAGAAGAUUCAAAAAGGAUCAUUACCAAGGAAUAAACGCGCUUUAGUUUCAAAUGGUAUUAACAAUAAUGGGGAAGAAAAUGAUUAUGGUAUCACCACUACUACUUCAUCAUCCAAUCAUGGAUCAUCACCUUCAAAACAUCAUCAUCAUCAUCAUCAUCGUAGUUCAUCACCCAUUGACAACAACAAAUCAAACACAACACAAUCACCAUCCUCGUCAUUAUCAUCAUCAAGAAAGAUAGAAAAAGGAAAUCAUGAUACAACAGCAGCAGAGAAUGAAGGUUAUAGCAGUUAUGAUGAAGAUGAUACUCGAUCAGCUUUACGACCUGUCAAACAAUACCUUGUUAGAUUACGUGACGAUUCAAGCAAGUUGGAAGGACAAGCCAAAGCUGCUUUGCUCAAGAGAUGUAUUGUCAAGAUUGGGACUUUUAUUGAAGAUCAAGCCAAGGAAGGAUCCUCUCAACGACGAGAUCGAACACAACGACAUAUGUGGUUAUAUACCAAGAAAUUCUGGCCUGGUUCUAAAGUCACUUACACCGAUUUAAUCAAUGUCUAUGAAAAAGUUCUUCAAGCUCAAUCGCAACAUCAAGAAUCGGAAAAAUCUAAACAAGACAAUAUCAAACGACCCAAAAAAUCCUCAUCCUCAUCAUCUCAUUCAAAUAAUAGUAGUGGUAGUAGUCAUCGUCAUCAUAGUACCCAUCAUCAUCGACAUGAUGCAUCACCCACUCGUUAUCAUCAUCAUCGUCAUCAUCAUCGUCGAAGAUCAUCUUCUACAAGCUCACCUCAUCGAUCAACUUCAGAUCGUCAUCAUCAUCAUCAUCAUCAUCAACGUGAUAAUCAGCAAGGCAAUAAAAAUCGACAUACUUCAUCACAUCAUUCAGAUACCAUGGACAACAAUACAACCGAUAACACUUCUUCAGCAGGUGAUCCAAAAACGAACCGGUCUCAUAAGUCCUCUUCUCAUCGACAUUCAAGUCAGCAAGAUCAUCGAAAAGAAAAUCGAAAUAACUAGAUCUGUAUUUAUUUAUUUGCUUUCAAUUUAUACAUAUAUAUAAUAAAAAUCGUUAAAUGGAAUGACUCGACAAGAGUUAUCCGACCUUUU